CACAAAUUCAGCCUUACAACCUUCAGUGUUAAUACUAGAAGUCACAAUGGCCAAAACAAUCAUUGUCACUGGUGCCUCUCGAGGCAUCGGCCUCGCCAUCACAAAAUACCUCCUCUCCGCCCCCCAAUCGCACAACGUCGUCGUGAUCGCGCGGAGCGUCGAGCCCCUCCAGGCCCUGAAGAACGAAUACAAGGACCAAGUCGCCAUCUUAAACGGCGAUAUUUCCGACUUCUCGCUCGCGACGAGAGCAGUCGAGCUCGCACUGAAGAGCUUCGGACGCAUCGACGGUCUGGUCCUGAACCAUGGUAUCUUGGGACAGGUGGGCAAAAUUGCGACCGCUAAUAUUGAGGAGUGGAAGAAGGGCUAUGAUGUGAAUUUCUUCAGCCUUGUCUCGUUCGUGCAAGCGGCACUGCCAAAGUUGCGGGAGAGCAAGGGAAAGAUUGUGUUUACAAGUUCCGGAGCCGCGGUCUCUGCGUACCGCGGAUGGGGACUCUACGGGUCCACGAAGGCCGCAAUGAAUCAUUUGGCUUUGAGCUUGGGUGAGGAGGAGCCAGAUGUUACAAGCAUUUCUAUCCGGCCGGGCAUGGUCGAUACGGAAAUGCAGAGGGAACUGAGGGAGGAUCAUGCGACGACACUCGAGCCGCAGGUCCAUUCUAAGUUUACGACAGUGCACAACGAAGGGAAGUUGCUGAAGCCCGAGCAACCAGGGCAUGUCAUGGCCAAGUUGGUGCUUGAUGCUCCUAAAGAACUGAGCGGGAAGUUUCUUUCUGCUAAUGGGAGGAUCAGGUGGAACGAUCAACAACUCGCGGCCUUCCAGGCGUGA